GUCACGUGCAGGAUGUGCUACUUAUCAUGGAUGUGUACAAACUGGCCUUAAACUUCAAACUCUCUCGACUGGAACAGCUCUGCCUUCAAUAUAUUGAAGCAUCCGUAGAUCUGCAGAAUGUGCUCAUUGUGUGUGAAAAUGCUAACAAGCUUCAGCUGGAUCAGCUAAAGGAACAUUGCCUGAACUUCGUGGUGAAGGAAUCCCAUUUUAAUCAGGUGAUAAUGAUGAAGGAGUUCGAGCACCUUUCUUCAUCCCUCAUAGUGGAGAUUGUACGGAGGAAACAGCAACCUCCCGUUCGAACGCACUCCGACCAGCCGCUCGACAUCGGAACGUCUCUAAUUCAGGACAUGAAGGCUUACCUGGAAGGAGCCGGGACGGAGUUCUGUGAUAUCAUCCUGCUCCUGGACGGGUACCCGCGGCCGGCGCACAAAGCCAUCCUGGCCGCCCGCUCCAGUUACUUUGAAGCCAUGUUCCGGUCCUUCAUGCCAGAGGAUGGCCAGGUGAAUAUUUCCAUAGGUGAAAUGGUGCCCAGCAAGCAAGCCUUUGAAUCUAUGCUUCGAUACAUUUAUUAUGGAGAAGUAAACAUGCCUCCUGAAGACUCCCUCUACCUCUUCGCCGCACCUUACUAUUACGGCUUCUCCAACAACCGGCUACAAGCCUACUGUAAGCAGAAUCUGGAAAUGAACGUCACGGUGGAGAACGUGCUCCAGAUUUUAGAGGCAGCUGACAAGACCCAAGCCCUGGACAUGAAGAGGCACUGCCUGCACAUCAUCGUGCACCAGUUCACCAAGGUCUCCAAGUUGCCAAAUCUCCGCUCCCUAAGUCAGCUCCUUCUCCUUGACAUCAUAGAGUCGUUAGCUAACCACAUAUCAGACAAGCAGUGCGCAGAGCUGGGCUCAGACAUAUGA